AUGGAAACGGCUCUCUUGAUCUUUGGACAAUGUAAACGAGCAGACUUCACUCAAAAUGCGAGGGUUAGGGACAAUUUAAGAAGAUUCCUAUGAGAAAUAGAGAGUUUGUAGGAUUUCAGAUUUUUUUAAUAGACAUUGGCUUUUUUGAACUUGGGGAGCAAAAUAAUAUACUUUCAUAACAAUUGAUUCUAGCUCUUUUGAUUUUUUUGUUCCAAGGACACAGGGAACUUUAGGGUAAAUCUUGCAUUUUUUUUUUCUCAAGAUUCAGUCACAAGCUGUUUGAAAAUGAAGAGAUUUUGUCGAUUAUUUGAGCCUGUAAACGGAGAGAGAGAAAAAAUUGAAAGUUUGAAGGGGAAGUGAGGCUUUACCAGAAGGUGAGAAAAUUAAAAUUCUAAUUAUGAUAAAAAAAGGCGUUCAUCGAAACCGACAGCUUUUUUGUUUGCUAGUAUUUUUGUUUUUUGAAUAUCAAUUUAUACAUAAGAAGAUUAAAAUUCAGUUCGAAAAUACAUCGCCAAAAGGUUAAAACAUGGCUUCUAUGUGAGAUUGAAAAAAAAUCUACUUCUGAAACAUUAGGAAAAAUAAAUGAAUAAAGGUCAAUUUUCUUUAAUUGAAAUACUGUGUUUUCUGAAAUUGCUAUUUUUACCUGAGAAAAAAAAAACGAAAAUGAGAGGGGAUUCGAGCUUGUGUGGAAAUGGCGUAUGACAUAGCUCUUCUGAAAUGUUGGCGAAAAAGACUGAUAAUUCUAGUGAAUAAUUAUACGUUUCGAAAGGUUCUGGCUGACGUCAGUACAGCUCGAGGGGACUUUGUGAGGUUUAUGGGAGCAAACCAAAUAUUUUUUCUAUACUUUCAAUUUUCGUGAAAGCAAAUGGCGAUAAGGAAGUGGUAAAGGUUGUAAAAGGUUUGGUUCACUAGGAAUUUGAAGAUUAAGCUUGAAGAGGUGAGGUGAGAGGAAAAGGGGCGGAACGGACAAACAACGGGAGAAAGAUAUGAUGAUACCUUCGAUUUCGUGUUCAACACCACAUCCCGGAGAGCAAACAGAUCAGCUUUGCAUUUGCUCAAAAAGCACGUCUCAAAAUCGCGGACGGUUCUUUUGAACUUGAGAAAGGAUGAUAUUGAAAGUCUGAUUUCGAUAGUGCAUGGUAUGGCUCGAAGCUUCGUGGUUACGCUGCUAUUUGGGAAUUAAAAUGAAGUUUUAUUUCUUACAGCUGCGCACGACCUCAAGCAACUCACCUUCAAUUUAUUUUUUUCAAUUUAUAAAAGGAACAGAGAAAUUGAUGUAUCUACUAAGCUAGAGGAUGCCGUGCGCAGGUAGUUUUUGUCAGAAAAAUUAAAGCUGAAACUGAAAUUUUCUUUGAAGUAGAUUUUUGGAAAAAAAAAACGAACGGAGAAUCGUACCAUUUUAGACGCCUUUGAAAAUUAUUUUGCGCUUAAGUGGUCACUCCUGCAUCUAUCAGUUUUUAUCGAACUUCAGAAAACAGUCCAGAUCGCAACUGGCUUGCGCCGAAAUAAAAAAAAAUCAGAAAUCCGCUUUAACGCGAGUAGCUUGCAAAAUGGGCUAAAGUUAGAGGUCCUACAGUAACCUUCACAUUUUCCCGACAAGCUCCGAAAAUGAGGACCAAUUUUUUGAGCUCUUCUCUCCCAUAUUGACUCUCUUGUACUUUGUUCGGGGAAGCAACGAGUUGCCUAUUUUCAGGAUCAAAAAGAACGGACCAGAAAGCAGCCUUGGCUUGUGGCGAACGGUUUCGGUGACAAGUGGAUGAAAAACAACGGGGAAACGAGCUCUCGAGUGGAGGAAACGAGCCGUCAUCAUAGAGAAGAAGAAGAAGAUCCUGUGUUGCGCGGAGGAGGACCAGAAAACUGA